UCGUGUUGGCAUUGGCGUUUCCGCUUGGGUAUCUUUUGGCUAUCGUACUCAAUCGCUUCUUUUUUUUUUUGUAUUCCCGCGGUCGGCGACCACUCCUUUUCCCACUUCCCUGAUUCUGUAAGAGAGGAUAUAUACAAAGGGGUUUCGCAGUUUGCACAGGUAACCCUUUUGAACAUUUUCGGAGGUAAGGGAUCCGGGGAGUACCAUUUUGGGAUAACACCAGUGGCAAAUUAUCGGGGGCGCCGCAUCGUUUAUAAUGUCACCUAGCCGUGCUCUGUGCUUCCUUCCCAUUAGCCCCCCGUAAUCGAUCCAACGGUUUAUACUCCUCCCACUCUUCCACCAUCCCAUUUCAGCAUACAGUAGGAGUUGUUGGGUGACUCUAUCCCACUAGUUGGACGAGCUUUGUUACCAUGGCUUCUUGUUCGAGCCCAAAAUACAUCACAUCCAGCGCCUUCCCCACCCCUGAUUCCUGCUGCUACUUGCAGCGUGCUACCCAGUUCUUGAAACGUGCCCGGGAGGUUUUCCCUGACGAUGGCCCAAAGGAGGAAUCCUUCAGUCACUUUGGACAGCUUAUGUUACCAUUCCAUGGCGCUAUCAUUCGCGAGCUGUCGAAUCGAGAGAAAGGGAGAUCAUCCGAACCUGCACCAACUUCAGGUGGAGAUCGACCGUGGGUACUUAGCUGCGUCAAACCUGAGGAGUACGAAGCAAUGGCGUCCCUGCUGUCAAAACAUGAUCUUCUGGACGCUUUGCCUCAGUACCUCGAGGACGUUAGAAACACCAUGAUUGCGAUGCAAAAAUUCGAGCGGAAGAUGCUCUCAGAGCCAAGACAAUUGUUCAACCGUAGCCAGUUCAUUCUCUGCCGAUACCGUUAUGGACAGCAGAGUCUUGAAGAUACUCAUUCGCAGCUGAAAUCUCUCUUCCAGGAUCGGGUCGACCUCCUGGGUGCUGUUGAAGAGGUACUUGGAAUGUCGUGUGGAGGAGAAUCCGCAUCCGUUCCUUCUUCCCCACCAUCGUUAUCGCCAAGCAACGAGUCAGACAGCCCCCGUCCGGAUCUGGCCGAUCCUUCGGAAGCGUGAGGAUGACCGGCGGCAAGGACGAGGAUUGCUGUUGGAAAAGGACAGCCCGUUGAUGGACCAUUGACUUUCUCUCUCUCUCUCUCUCUCUUUUUUCUUUUUGCUUUGGGACUCCUCAUCGUUUUCACCCUGGACCACGUCCACAUCAUCGCUUUGUUGCCUUGCAUUGUACCAUAGUGUCUGAGCAUCUAGUUCCACAUAUACAGUUCCUGCUCUGUGCGA